AUGAAGAAGUCCCUCCCUUCAAAUGUCAAGAUCUCAAAGGAUGCCAAGGAAACUGUCCAGGAGUGCGUGCCUGAGUUCAUAAGCUUCAUCACAGGCAAAGCAUCCUACAAGUGCCAGAGGGAGAAGAGGAAGACUAUCAAUGGGGAUGACCUUCCUUGGGCCAUGAAAACCACUAGCAGAUCCACAGAGGCGCAAGGAGGUGCAGCUGCACCUCCCCUCGCCGGAAACUUCCAGACUCUGGAGGAUUUGCAAAUCCAACCUGCUUAUGUUCAAACUUUCCAAGGCCCGCCUCAUGGGAUUCAAGUUGAGAGAGAUAAAUUGUCUAACUAUGCCCCUUAUUGGCUUCUUAAAUUGUCUAACUAUGCCCUUAUUGGCUUCUUUAUGGUCUAA